AUGGACCACAGUCGGUUCAAUUACCCAACGUACGCGGUACCCGGCUCUGGUGCCAUGAAUGCGCGACGCGCCCGCUCAGAACGUCUUAAUAGUUCUCCCCGCUCUACACCCUCGACCCACCCCAACCCCACACAAAGGGAAGGCCCUCUUCCCGAGCCUGGAAAGGUCCCAAUGACCAUCUCUGCACCGGGGGGUGGUAGCGUAGGUGUUUGGGAAUGUCCGCUUUGCGACCAGACAAUGCGCGCCAUGUUGAAAGGCGCACACCUCGAGAGCAAUGUACACCUUCAGAACGAAAUAUCACAGAAGCAGGUAUUGGAUCGAGCGCAGGGGCCGAUAGUGCAGGAGGUGAUGGGGAAGGAUAGAAAGGAGGAGAAGUUAGUGGAACUAAAGAAGGUUAGGGACCUGCAGGACAAUACGCAAGAGAAACAACGGUUAGAAGGAUGGCUCAAGGAAGAGAAGGAAGAGAGAGUGCGGGGAAUUGAGCAAAAAAGACUCGAAAAGAAGAGGUUCGAGGAGCACAGGCAACAGAAACAAGAGGAGGAACGGGGAAAGGUUAGGGAGCACAGAACGGAGAAUGCGCGAAAGAGAGGGCAGAAUCAUGCUACACCAAAAUAUCAGCAACCGUUGAAGGAUGUAACCCCCUGGGAAUGCGAUGUAUGCGAAAUAACGAUGAAGACACAUCUCAAGACCUACCACAUUGCUAGUAGUUUACACAGACACAAUGCGAACCAGCGGAAAGAUGAAGAGAGGCAAAAGGAGCAAGCAAGUGUCGAAGAGCGGCGAAUUAAGGAGGAGGAGCGGAAGGAGAAAAUGCGCUUAGAGGAGGAGGAGAGGCUGAAGCAGCAAGAGAGAAAGAUCGAGGAGCAACGGAUGGCGGAAGAGAGAAGGAUUGCGGAAGAGAGAAGGAUUGCGGAAGAGAGAAGGAUUGCGGAAGAGAGAAGGAUUGCCGAAGAGAGGAGGAUUGCGGAAGAGAAAAGGAUUACGGAAGAGAGAAGGAUUGCGGAAGAGAAAAGGAUUGCGGAAGAGAAAAGGAUUGCGGAAGAGAGAAGGAUUGCCGAAGAGAGAAGGAUUGCCGAAGAGAUGAGGAUUGCGGAAGAGAAAAGGAUUGCGGAAGAGAGAAGGAUUACGGAUGAGAGAAGGAUUGCGGAAGAGAGAAGGAUUAGGGAAGAGAGAAGGAUUGCGGAAGACAGAAGAAUUGCGGAAGAGACAAGAAUUGAGGAGAAGCGGAAAGAAGAAGAGAGACAGAAGGAGGAGCAAGUAAUCUCAGAAGCGAAGUGGAUUCAGGAUGUGCGGGAAGAUGAAGAGAGACGUAAAGACGAAGCGGCGAAGGAAAAAAGGAAAGAAGACGAACAACAGAGCCUGGAAGUUUCGCAGCUUGAAGACGAGGUGGAGUAUUCCCGAAAGGAGAGAGAGAUCGAACAGCUGGAGAAGCCUAUUACGGAACAGAGAGACCACCGGGUGAAGAUGCUCCAGUAUCUAUUAUCACAAGGAGAACUUCAGCAGGAGUCAGCUGAGCUGAACACGAAGAGGGUAUGGACACAUGAAGAAAUGUACUUGGAAUACAAAGAACAAAUGCCACAGGAACAGCCAAUCUGGGUGCAAAGUCUUACAAGCUUCCUCCCUCCGCCGGUGUCAUGCGUGACGGACUUGCCACCAAUAUUGUACCGAGUCUAUGAUGAGACCUCCGUGAGUCAGUAUACCAUAGCUGGCUUUAACUCCGGAAAUCCGUAUCUGCCAAAUAAUCCGUCAAAUUUCAAAACCAUGGUCAAACGUCACGCCAAUUGGAGCAGUAGAGCCGGGACACCGUUCAUUUCCAUGACAACAAGCCCAGAUGCCGUGGGCUGGCACGUGGCUAAGAAAAAGGCUGAUGGAAAUUAUUAUGGUAAUGUCAUGGUGGCUUUGAUAGACACCGCUACCCUCCUCACCACAUGCCGAUCACAGAUCUGGAAGAUGCACGAUGCGAUGGAUCACUUCGGUCUUGAGCCGUACAAAUGUCAGCGUCGAGCAUAUGACAAUGAAUUCCCAGCGGUAGUGUCCAGCAGGUAG